UCACCAUGUGUGUCUUCGCACACUGCUGACGCUGACUCCACACCAGAAGGGUCCAUGCUGAGCACUUCCAAGCAAAGCUCAUGGGCGACAGUGCAAGGCGCAGCAAUCACUCUGACUGACAAGUGAGAAGACUGGCAUCACACAGACGACACUUCUCAAGUUUGCUUCGAUUUUCGUUUGCCUCCAGCUUUUGCUUGCUUCUUGUUUUCACUGUGUUUUGGAUCUCAGGCAGGACAGUCCUUAUGUAACAGGUGUCUUUGGGAAGGUGUCUGGAAAUUAAAUGUGGGCAUUCAACUCAAGGCAAAUGAGAGCACAGAGGAACUAAACUGUGAAGAAUCUUCAGCUUCUAAUGUAUGUGUGCAUGCAUGUUUGUGUUUUUGCAUAUAUGUUGGUGCAAAUCCAUUUUUGCGUAUGGGGAAACAUUUUCUCAGUAGAGGUCCCAUUGACUCCGAGAAGACAUCUUAGGUGGCAUCCAUCAGCAUUCUAAUCCUGAGGACCCAGAGUUAAGACCAGCCUUUGACUGCUAUCCAGCCAGUGAACUUUAACAGCAGACCAAAUAGAAAGGUAUAUGUCACAAUAAUAACUUAUUCUUAUAAUAUCACUGUUGCUAGUUGCUUGUCAAUCAUCUGAACCAAUCAAAGAGGAAGACACUUCAACUGGAGUGUAUUUGGGUGGCUUGAAGAAAAAGCUGUAUAUGCUGGAACUCACUCGAAAUUCGCCAACAUUAAGCCUCAGAUGUGGAGACUGGUGCUGAUCUGUCAACAGCAUCUCCCACAAUCCUCUAUUCUUGGAGCAUCUGUAAUUGUGACCUCAUUCUCUCUGGCCUGUACAGAGCCACGCAGCUGGGGGAACAAGCUGCACUGAGGUGAUCAUGAGUAGCUCUAGCAGCCCAAACAUUAGGGACUCCAGCCUGGUCGCUCCUGUGACUCCCAGAGCAUCCCAGCAGGGCCUGGUCAGGGACAUGACCAUGAUGGGCAUGGGGCUUCUUCCAGGGUCACAGGGUGGCAGUGCAGGGGCUGGGAGGGCACCAGUGAGGCCUGGCAAGGUGUCAAGGGAGUUGAAUCCUGAGGAGCAGCAGGAGCUGAGGAGGAGGAUCAACAGCAGGGAGCGAAAGAGGAUGCAGGACUUGAACAUGGCCAUGGAUGCCCUGAGGGAGGUGAUGAUGCCCUACUCAUCCCCUGCUGCCCAGCACCACCCCCACCACAGCCGCAGGCUCUCCAAGAUCUCCACCCUCAUCCUGGCAAGGAAUUACAUCCUGUUGCUGGGCUCCUCCCUGCAGGAAAUGCGAAGGCUGCUGGGAGAGGUGAGUGUUGGAGUGGGAGUGGGUGUGGGCGUGGGCAGGGGUGUAGGCUUGGGUGGAGCUGCCCCCAGGCUGCUCCUGGCUGGCAAUUGGCCCUUCCUUGCAACCCCUGGGCAGCUGCUUCUCACCUCUGACUCACUCCUGACUUCUGGCAAGAACUCCCUGCCUCCGCAACCAACCGAGGAACCGACUCUCCCCCAACCCCAGUGGGCUACAGGUGGGGGCCCUGGGACCCAGCUCUGCUCAUGUGGAGCCUGCAAACUGCCACACAUUGUCCACACCAGCCCUGGAGUGAGGUACCCCAAAUGACUGUAGAAAUGUCCUCACCAUCUUUUCAUCUGUUCACCUUCUCUUGUUUGUGGUGCUUUUAUGUUUGAUCCAAAUUCUCCAACUUUGCUGUCUUAGGUUUUUUCUUUGUUUUUUUUGUGGCUUGGAAACUUGAAUUUAUCCAUCUGGACUGCAGGCACCAAUAACUUUUAUUUUUUCUCGUUUGCAAGAUGACAAAGAUUACAUUUCGUCUGAAAUUCCAGACAUGCUGCAUAUCUUUUCUGAAAGUGGCUUCAGGAAUUCGGAAAAAAAUACCCAUAUUUGAAGUUCUUGUAAAGAAACUGGGGGUUAUGGAAAUACUUGCAUAAUGCAUAACACAUUUUAUGCAUUAGUUCUUUACGAUCUCCAUUACUGAU